AUGCGGGAUUUCUUUCAAGCUCCUCCCUCUCUCAUGCGAAGAAAGAAGAGGAAAGUCACGUCAAAAAAGGGAAAAGACGAAGCUGUCCCUCCCUCAUUCCGGAAACUCAAACCCACGCAAAUUCCUUUGAUUCGAGGCAUGCGGCUUCAGCUUGCUACACUUGCCAUGUGGCAUGGUUUUGGAUUGUCUGAUGUGUGUGAGAGAAAGCAUGGGGACCUCACUGAGAAGGACAGUAUUCGAUGGAGAAAAUCACAUUUGGUUAUGACAUGUAAUGACUAG